AUGGACUUGUCUACCGAGAGCCGGAAGUCUUCUUUCGAGAAGCAGACCCACGAUUCGCCCCUGGCUUCUGAUCUCUCCGCAACGACUCCUCUUUCCUCGUCGCAGUCUCCUCUUUCUCCAUUCUGCGUGCCGCGGCUUUUCUCGCGGCAGUUCCUGCCGCCGUGGUUCGAUGCGCCGCUGAGAGAAGCGACUCUGUCUGCGCUACCAUGUUGCCCCCGGUGCUGCAGCUGCGCACAGGCGCGGCCGCCGGUUUCUCCUCUUUCUCUUCGAGGGACGCUCUCUCUCACCGCCUGCGCGCCACGCUGCGGCCGUGGGGGAGCUGCCGUCCGACUCUCGUCUGUAACUUCCUCUUCGCGGCCUUCCUCUGGUCGCCCUCCGCGCCUUCCAGUCCCCGUUCGUCCCUCCUCCCUCUCUUCUUCGUCGUCUUCCUCGCUCCUUUCUCCCUCUUCUCUCGCUUCGCCUUCUUCUCUCUCUGCCGCUUCUCUCGCUUCACCUUCCUCUUUCUCCGCGUGGCUCGCUUUCACUCCUCAGGCAGUCUCUUCGGGGGAUCGCGACGCCUCUUGCCUGGGUCCACUGGAGACGGAGGACGCAAGCGCGACUUGUUCAGCUACACGCGAUGGUCAGCCUGCGGCGUCGCCGCGGAUAAGCGGCGAGUCUUCAGGCCGCAGGGUCUUCUCAGGCUUCCGCUCCCACAGCGCAUCUCGAGUGUCCCCCGCCGCCUUUUUCUGCAGCCCCGAGCAACGCGGCGGCCGGCAAACGCGAAAGCGAAAGGCGCGCAAGUCUGGCUUGACGCCCUUCCUGCGCCGCAUGCGUCUCUCGAUCUACCGUGCCUCCUCGCCGCCUUCGCUGGUACCUCCGCCCGCCCCGCCGUUGCCGCCCGCCGACUCGACGCAUCUCUCUAAGAACGAAUCGCGUCUUGCGCAACACCGACGCCGCACGCGCACUCGGCUCUCGCUCCCCGCCCUGCAGAGCUUCGCAUCGGAUACCGAGGAAUGUCUCACGACUCCGGCGAGAUCGCUAGAUGCCGGCGCCUCUUGGGCGCCAUGGCCUGCCGCCGCGAGGGCGACGACAGCGCGGCGAGCGAGUGGAGGCCGUGGAGACCCCGCAGCUGCGCGGGGGGAGAGCGGCCGCGAGGGAGAGAAGCUGAAAAAAGCCGUUGCGGACGCCUCGGCGCCUGGCGAAGAGGCGCGGGAGGACGCAUACGAGGCGGCGCCGCCUCCGCGGGGGUCAGGCGCGUGCGGCUGCGGCUGCCCUAGGUGCGGCGGCGGGGCGUCGCCUCUAGUGAAAGACGCAGGCCCCCUCGCAGAUUGCACCGGCGCGCGCAGCGGCGGAAAGCAAGAGAAGAGCGUGACGCGAGAAGGAGGAGGAGGACGCUGCGAGGCAGGAUCUCUCUGCAUGCACCAGCGAGAGGAGAUCCAAAAGCAGAUGGAGGCGCUCACGAGCCUGAUUUGGGAGUUCGCAUUCGAUCCGCGCGACUGGGAGAGCUUUAGACGCGUCGACCGCGCAGGUCGCCGCUUCGCGGAGACGGCGCUUAGCUCUUCUCUGCACUUGCUGCGUUUCUGCCCGGCGCCCGCGGCUCGUCCGGGGGUGGCGCGCGCCUUCUCGCGCGUUCGCCAGCUCCUGCCGGAGCUGCUGCUGGACUGCGCGGUGAGCGACUUCCUCAAUCCGUCUUCUUUCGUGGCGCGCUCUCAGGGCUCUUCAGCGGGUCCGAGCAGCCGCGGGCGCGGAGGCGCGGCGGUGGCGCCGCUCGACAGCGGGUGUGGCGAGUGGACUGUCUGGCUGUACGACCGCGCGGCUCCAGUGUCUCCGCGGCUGCUCGCGCCGGGUGCCGCCGCGGGGCUCGCCGCCCGCAGCGCCCCAAGUCUCGCGCAGGCGCUCGCCGGAGCCGUGGAGACACUUGAGGUCGGAGGCGAGUGGGUCGAGUACGCGGAGGGGACUUUCCUGGCCUGGGGGAGCAGCGCGCGCCAGGGCGAGGGACUCGGGGCUGUCGACAGGGAGGCAGAGAGGGCAGGUUCGGUGGAGAAAGACGCAGGCGCCGGCGACCACGCGACCGUGAAUCUUCAUCCCCGAGCUUCGCGCGAGGCCUCGUCAUCCCCGGCGUGCGCCUCGACGGGCUCUCUCGCUCGCGCUGGCGCGGCGUCUUUCUGUUUCUCCCCCCUGCCGCAGGUCUCGCCUCGGCACUUCGCGCAGGCGCGCGAGGCGUUCCUUCGCGCCUAUCGGCAGCGCCUUGUGAGUGCACUCCGGAGUCAAUCCCUCGCAGGAGCAGGCCAUCGAGCGGCAAGGCAGUCGCUGCCUGGGCGGCUCUUCGCAGCAGCGGCGGGUUCUAUCUCCUCUUCUUCGUCAUCCCCCCCCUGCGUGGAGCCGAUUGGCUCGACCUGCGGGGGGUGGAGGGCCUGUGCUUCGCUGCAGUCCCCUCGAGGCCGCUCGCCUGCGGAUGCGCCCGCUGCUGUGGCGUGUAAGGCGGCUGCAGCCGAGGCGGCUGCGACGAGGCGCGUCUUCGAGCUGCAGAAAAGCCGUGCGCCGGCCUUCCUUGCGGACGAAACGCACCCGUUCCUCUUUGACAUUGUGUGGGCGCGGCCGCGGGAAAGCGACGGCGGUGGCUGUGGAGGCCCGGCGCCGCAGGCGCCGCGGGCGCAGGCCGUUACGCCAAGGUGGACCGCCAAGCUGUCUCCUUCGGACUCUCCUCGUGUUUCGUCGCGUCAGCCUGCGCCGGGCGUCCCUGCACUCUCUCGCGCGUCUCCGUCCGCGACCUGCGCCUCUCCAGUCUCUCUCGCCUCUCCGGCGUCUUUCUCCGCGGCUCCUCCCCACUCGUUCUCCUCAUCGCGUAGAGUCGGCGGCGGGGUUGUAGUGAUCUACCGCGCACCCUUCGACGUAGCCGCGGCGCUCAGCCACAGCAGGCUGUGGGGCUUCCUCUUUGCGGCUUUCGCGCGAGGACUUGACGCGGCAGUCGAGUGUCUCCGCGUCUACGAUGCGGCGGGACUCCCGGUCUCCUGGAAUGGAUAUCUGUCUUCUCCGUGUCCGCGCUGGGCGCCGUCCCCCCUCUCGUCUCUUGCGCUCCCGCGGGCCCCGCCGUCGCCGUUUCCUUUUCUCUCCGCGCCUGCCUUGUCGCCUCGCGCAGACUCGCCGCCGGCGUCGUCCGAGGGCGCGUUUAUCUCUGCUCUUUCUGUUCUGCCGUCUUUUUGGCUCGGGUCGCGCGCGGCCUCCCGCUGUGGAGGCGGCGGCUUGGCCCCGGUCUGGCGCGUGCGGCCGCUGCGCGGUCGCCUGCAGCCGAGCGGGGAAGCCGGGAAGACAGUCAGAGACGUUUUGCUGCAGCAGCUCAUUGAGGAGGGCGCGUUCUGCUAUCUCCGCCGCAGAGGAUACACCACUGAGGGCCUGUAUGUCCGCGCCGCCCCCCCCAGUCUCGCGGCGCCACCCUGGUCCCGCCCCGAGCCUGGUGCUCCGGAGGGUGCGUCUCCUGGAUGUCGACAGAGGCUGCGCCACGCGGGUUGGAUUGCACAGGCAGGAGGCCUUCGGUCGCCGCGCGAGAGAAGCGGCUUCGGCGGAGGGGGGGGCCUGCAGGCAUUCGAUGGAGGCUGCGAAGGGCGGGGAUGGCGUCGGGCGCGAGAGGUCCCCUGCGAAAGAGGCUUGCGCGAGCCUCGGGAGGAAUCGCGCGCGUGGGUGCGAGGGAGAGAAAGCUGGGUCGGAUAUGCGGAAGAAGAGCGAGACUCACUCUGGAACUGGGAUGGAGAGGACACCAGGCGCGGCGCAGCGGCAAACGUCCAAGAGAAGUGGAUACACGUCCCGCCUUUCCGCCUCUCGCUGACGCCGCGCGCCUCCUCUGCUGGGGCUCCGCCGGCCUGCAUCUUUGCCUACGAACAGGCGCUAGACGAAGAGAGGCGCUGUCGAGAGGACGAACAAAAACCAUGGAGGCGAGGCCGCGCACAUUCCGCGUCGCUCUGGCCGCCGCCUCCCGUCUCUCUUCUGCGGCGCCGAGAGCUUUGUGCCUCCCGAGCGAUGGACUGCGCGCAAUGUCGGGGGGCUGCGGUCGAGGAGACAGGCCCUUCUCGGGGCCUCGGCCUCGGCGCGCCGGGCGAGGCGACCUCCCAAGGCGAAGACAAGUGUCCGCUGGCACCUACUUCCGCGCCAGACGCCGCUCUUCUCUUGUCGCGCGACGCCUUCUCCCCUGGCUACUUUCAUUCGCCCCUGGUCGUGGAGGAGGGCGAGGAGAGUCUCCGCGGCACGGGUCGCGGGAUCCCUCAGGAGCCGGCGGGGGAGGCGGACGGGGCGUUCCCCGCCCUCCACGUGUCUCCGCCGGCCUCGCUGAGCUCCAGCGUUUUUUCCUUUGUGCUCUCGCCAGCCGCGCAGGGGCAGGCCGCCCCCUCGCAGCUCUCGACGCUUUCGCGGCUCUCGCCUACCCCCGGGGAGGACCCGGAGUGCCCCCCUGGGCUGCUGUCGCUGUCAGUCCCCGUCGCCGCGGGCUUCGAGGCCGCGACCAGGGCGUCGGCGGGAAGCGGGCGGCAGCGCGCGAGGCCCUCGUCCCCGUGGGGGGCCUCUGGCGCCGUUUCGUCGCCGGCGGCAACGGCGCGGCCGCGGACGCCGCCAUCCGUGUACGCGCCGACGGCAACCUCUCUGGCUUUGCUUCCGGGCGCCGCCUGUCGCAGCCGCCCCCGGCAGUCCAGCGGAGCUUUCUCCGCGGAGUGCCGCAUGGCGCCGCGCCGCCGCGUCGAGCGGGGUCGCACCUCGUCCCGCCUGCCGGCUGCGGCCUUCCUGUCUCCGGCGUCGCCCUCGCUGCCCCACCACGGGGCGCGCGCCCGCGGCGCUGGCGAGGAGACGGGGCGCGUGACUCGCCGGCCGCGGCGAACGAGCAGCGGGUGGAGCAUCAAUGUGAUGAGAGAGUCCGACGAGCGAGCAGGCGAGGCCGCAGCACGCGCCGGAAGAAGAGAACGGCGGUCGACGUGGCUCUUCGGGACUCCCUCGGAGCUCGACCCCAGGCGGCAGCGGCGCCUCACCGCGACGGCGCCGCUGAGGCGGCCGAGGCACGGCCGCCGAAGUGAGUCGAGCGACUGGGGCAGCGCACCCUGCGAUGAAAAUGAAGAGAGCCAAGACGCGCAGACCGUGGAGAGCGAGGGGCGAGACGCCGCGGAAGAUCCGCCCGAGGCCGCGAAGCGUGGCUGCGGCAAAGCCGGGGAAGGCUUUCCUCCAUGCCUGCGGGAGGCGGACACUCGCAGCUACGCGGGAAUGAACAGCUACAGUGGACAGUUCUCUUUUUCUGUCUCUCCCACUCUCUCCCUCAACCGCGGCUGCCAGAUGCCUGCGGCGACGUCCGCCUCUCCCUCACCCUCUUGUCUCUCUGCUCGAGUUCCAGCUUUCUCUUCGCCGGCCGCUGCAUCCGCCUCGGCUGCGUUCUCUCCCUCGCCUCCCCCCGCCGGUUCCCCGCCGCGCCCGCGAUGGAGAGACACAGGGCCUCGCCCCUCGCCCCUGGCGCGGUGCGACGAGGAGGAGCUCCGCGGGGAGACGUGCGCGGCUGGGCUCGCACCCGUCGCGAAGAACGAAGAGUACACAGGGGAGCAGGCGCAGCCAGUUGAGGGCGACAGAGCGCCGCAUGCAUCGCGGCCAGGGAGCUUGCCUCUCUCGCCGUUCUCCGCGUGCCUGUCUCCGGUCGGAGACACUGAGAACGGAGCCGACGGGUCUGCAGGAGCCGAGGGACAGGAGGCGAAGCGAAGGCGCAGGAAUAGCGGCCUCUCGCCGCUGCUGCGGCGGCUGAGUCUUCAGGGAGGAGAGGGGGGGCAGAUGGGGCGGGUGGCUGCAACGCGGUUCACGGGAGAGGAGGUGCAGGGCUUGAAAGACGGAAACCGCGGGGGACAGGACAGACCAGAAGAGGAAGGCGCGGAGGGCGCGGACGCUCGGGGCGCGCCGCAGACGCCGCUGUUUUCUUCAUCGGCGGCGUUUGCGUUGUCGAGCUCGUCGUCGUCUCUCUCCACGCGGACCUCCAUGCGGAGCGUGAGGACGUUCUCCUCGCAUCACCUCUGUUCCGCCGCUGCUAGGCUGAAGAAACACUUUGCGCUGCUGUCACCCGACGAGGCGACGCGGUCGCAAAGCACGCGAUAUCUCUCCGCUUCCUCCCUCUCUAUCUCCCUGCCGUCGACGGCUCCAUCGCCGCGGCCGCCGGCCUCGCCUUUGCUGCAGUCUUCCUCCUUUUGGUGCUCGCCUGUCUCGUCGCCUCCCUCGUCUCUUCCCUCUCGGGCGUCGCCGCCCCCUCCGCCGUCUUCUGCGUCUUCUGGUUCGCCCUUGUCGCAGGGCGGGCGGUCUACUUCGGCCUCGCGUGCGUCCCAUGGAGAGCCUCGCCCUCCGUCGGCUUCGCCGCGCCCGUCUGCGGCGCCGUCCCCAGUUGCUUUGGGCGCGUCGAGCCCGCCAGGGGGCUCGCCGCCUCUCUCACGGCGGCGGCAGGGACAGGUGCGAAGGGCGACGGCGGAAGAUUUCCGGGCCGCGCAGAGGCGACAGCCAAGGACUCCGCAGAGCGCCCGCGGAUGUCAGCAGCAACUCGCGCGAAGCAGGCGAGCACACGCUGGUGUGGAGAGUCAAAGCGCCGGCGGGAAGGAGCGAGAGGGGGGCCGCGGCCUCAUGGCGGGCGCGGAGGCUGAGAAAAAGAGACAGGGCGGCGCGAGAACGCCGCCGCCAGCUGCGCGCGCGAAGGCAAGGUGCGAGGCGACGCCGCCGCGUCUUCGCCAGCCCGUCAACGAGCAGAAGCGGAGAAGAGCAGAUAGAGAGGAAAAUUCUGAAGAAAAAGGCACCAAGACGCGGCGAACUGAGGCCGGCACUGGUCAGCCGAAGCGCCUGCUCGGCGACGCAAGAGGUGGCGCAGCGUCUCGUCGGGUUUCACAUUCGUCCCGAGUGAACCUCUCGAAACGCUGA